GCACUUCUCAGUGGGCGGUGCUCUCACAGCUCUGGCAAGGGCGAUAUAAUCUCUCAGCGCGACGCCAGCCGACGCGCUAACCUGUCAACGGAGACAACAACAUCUCACUCGCCGCAUAACCACUGCUGCACAGCACCACAAUGCCAUCCGAGCUGGAAACGCUGCGGCAACAAGUCGAGGCCGAGAAGCAAAAGCAGGAGCUGGCACGUCUGCGCGCCGCCGUCGCCGACGAGAAGCGCAAACAAAAGGAAUCCGGCGAGGUCGCGGAGCUGAAGGCGGCGCUGGCCAAGGAGCGCGCGCGCCGCGCGCCGCCGGCCGAGGAGCCGCCGAAGAAGAAGAAAAAGGCCCGGCGCGGCGCGCGCAAGUCGUCGAGCAAGGAGCCCGCAGCGGCGACCGCCGUGGCGCCGCCCGCCGCGGCCGCGACCGCCGCGGCGGUCGUCGCCUCCUUGCCCGUGGCGCCGGCCGCGACGACGACCGCCGCGUCCAUCGUCGGCGCGUUGCCCGUGUCGCCGGUGGCGCCGCGCGCCUCGGCGCCGGCCGCCCCUGAAGCUAAACCGCAACAAGCGACGCCGGCGACGACGCCGCAGCUCGGCGCCUGGGCCGCGCUCGCCGCGCAGACGGCGGCGAGCGAGCGCUACCGCGCGGCGGCGGCGCGCCUCGACGCGCUCGCCGCCGCGGCGCCGGCCGCGUGGGUGCGGUCGCGGCCCUACGGCGCGUGGUGCGCGCACCUGCCGCAGGCGCUGGCCAUCGACUGCGAGAUGUGCGUCACCGAGGACCCCGCCACGGGCGCGCUCGACGGCAAGGCCCUCGUCCGCAUCUCCAUCGUCGACGCGUCGCGGCUCGACGCGUGCGCGGCGGCGGCCGCGGCGGGCGCGCACGACGACGUCGUGCUCGACUCGCUCGUGAAGCCGUCGCUCCCGAUCAAGGACGCCGUCGAGCGCGUCCACGGCAUCAAGGCCUCGGACCUCGACGGCGUCGCCUUCACGCUGGCGCACGCGCAAGCCGCGCUGGCGCAGCUCUGCUCGGACCGGACCGUGCUCAUCGGCCACGCCGUCGCGAACGAUCUGGAGGCGCUGCGCUUCCGCCACGGCUGCAUCGUGGACACGUCCGUCGCCUACGGCGUCGUCGGCGCGGCCGCGGGCGUCGCGCCAAGUCUACGCGACGUCGCCGCGGCGGUCCUGCCGCCCGCCCAGGACGCCGUGAACAAGAGCGCGACGCACGACUCCCGCGUCGACGCGCGGACGGCCGCGCUGUGCGCCUACCACUUGAUCGGCGGGACCGAGACGCUGCCCAAGGCCGUGGCGCGGCGCAAGCACGCGCGCGAGGAGCGGUCGCUCUUCGCGCACCGCAUCCCGGCGGGCGUCGACGACGCCACGCUCAAGGCGGCCGUCGAGCGGACGACGGGCGUCGCGCUCGCGGCGGACGCGACGAUCGCGCGCGGCGACGCCUAUGGCAAGUGCGCCCUCGUCUUCAAGUCGCCGCUCCACGCGCAGCUCGCCUUUGACACGCUCGCCGGGCCCGCGGAGGAGGACACGUCGGGGCGGCCCCAGAAGAAGAUCUACCUCGACGACGGCGGGGGCUCGGGGAAGAGGCCGUAUUGUAAGGUGAGGCCUUUUUAAUUAAU